AAACCUCCAAAUAAAGGUUCUUUAGCCAAGUGAUCUGAUGAGAAUGCUGAUAUAUACAAAUGAUUUUCCAUUUGCAUUUUGAUUAUCUGAAAAUUAAUGCUCAAAAAUUUGUUUCCAAGUAAAAUGAUCAUUUCCUCUAUUAUUCAAAGUUUGUCUAAGCAGUCCAUUCGUAAAAAAGAUCAACAAAUUUUUUUUCAAGAUGCUGAGAAAGUAAGGUCCAAAGGAAGGAUUUUUACAACUUUGGAGAAAAUAAACAAUAGAAACCUAGACCUGCUGCACUGAACGAUCAAUGGUGAUUACUUAUCUCCUUAAGGGGAAGUAAGGAGUCCCUGGGUGGUGCAUAUUAACACAUUCGGCUGCUAACUGAAAUGUUGGAGGUUUGAGUCACUCAGAGGUACCUUGGAAGAAAGUCCUGGCAAUCUACAUCUGAAAAAUCAGCCAUUGAAAACCCUAUGGGGUGCAGUUCUACUCUGAAACAUGUAGGCUCGUGAUGAAUUAGAAUCAACUCAACAGCAACUUUUCUUUUUUAAAGAGGAAGUAAAAAGUCACAUUUGCAUUAUUUAUGCAUUGGGUCAGCCAUUACUAUUCAGUGAAAACAAAUCAUCUGACUUUUUCUCAAGCUGCCUUAAAUUCUGAACUUGCUUCCCUUUAGGCUUUUUCAUAAACAGCUAGCAAGGUCUCUAAGGAGGGGAAAGGCCAGUUCCUCAUUUCACCUCUCGUCAGGGUUGCUUGCACUCAGCAAGGGAGGAUCCAUUGUUACGGGUGUGGAACCUCUUGUUCCAAGCCCUCACCUGGCAGCUGCUCUGUGGUCAGGCACUCUCUGUGGCUUGUCACAACCCACCUGGACAAUGUCACGCUCAGCGGCAGACCAUCCCACAGAUUCCACACUCUGCUCUUCUUCAUUAAAAAUGCAACAAGCUGCUGGUAAUUAUCCCCUUCAAAAGGACAAAGAAAUACUCUGGGAAGAGUGGCACUUGAAUGUGGAAAUGGAGCAAUCCCAGAGUGGACCAGAGGGCAGCAACUUGGACCAUGUCCUCCAGAAGCUUCCAGCAAUGGAGCCCUUUGGCUCCAUAGGGAACACGGAGUCUCCCCACCCAGAGGUGCAGCCCAGAGGCAGUGGGGCCUCUCCUCAGCCCCUACUGAGAAGCCUGCCAAGGAAACACUGUGAGAACCAGGGCAGUCUUCUCCAGUUUGACCGGCAAGCCCCAGGCCGCCUUUCUACCUCUCCCACUUUGAGGAGAUUAAGAGGCAGUGGAAGUAGGACCUGGAACUCAGUGCCUCAGCAGAACACCUUGGAAGUGCCCACCUGGAAGGAGCCUUCAAGCUCCACAUGUUAUCUUUCCAAGAGUUCACCUGAAAGCCCAAAGGACUAUUCCCCUUGCAUAUCAUCUUUGAGACUCAGCGAUCUAAGAUUGCCUUCUGAUUCUGGAAGGGUCCUCAACACAGCUGGUUCAGUAGAGCCCCAAAUAGGGCCUUCUGAUAAGCAGGCCCCUCCCAGGCUUCAGCCCAUCAACAAGGGGACCUUUCACCACGCUUCUCCUCCUCCCAGCCCUGCCCCAUCAUGCCCAAGUCUUCAGGGAGAAGCAUUACAUCAAUCCAGGUUCUACGAACAUAGGCGGAGUUCUGUGGUGCUGAACGUACCUGGACUUGAGGUGUUCCCUGGAGACCUUCUGGUGUCAGAUGGGGCUGCUGAUUACCUGUACCACCCACUGCUGCUGCUAAAUUCAGAAUCCAAGAAGCCAAGAUGGCCUUUCUCCAAGAGGGGAGUGCAGGGCAAGGACAAACUCAAGCACAUAUCUGACCUGGAGAACUGCCUUUCCUCUAUGAAGAUUACGGACUUCAGGGGCUAUGAGUUCCACAGCCUCAAGGAUAAGACCUGGAUGGAAGUCAUGGAAAUGCAUCAAAAACUUCCUACUGACCAAUUAGACCUGAGAAAGCAACAGGAGGCCAUGUGGGAACUUUUCACGAGUGAAUGCACUUAUUUUUUGGACCAUUUAUUGGUUCUUAAGAUGAUCUUUUUGAAUACACUAAAAUAUCUACAAACUCAUGAGUACCUCCUGGAUGUGGAUUUAUGGAGACUUUUUGCUAACCUGGAGGAGUUAAGUCAGACAAGCUUUGGUUUUGUGAACAGUCUUUUUGGCAUCAUCAAGGACUAUGUAGAUACUCCUGAGACUGCACCAUCAAUGGAUUUCAUUUCUGUGCUCACAAAGUAUUUCCGUGGAAGCCUCUGUCAGAGCCACCAGACAUACUGCCUGAAUUACACAGCAGCUGUCUUUUAUCUUGAGAACCUGAGGCAAAGGGAUGACUUUGGAAUCUAUCUAAAAUGUUGUGAGCAGAAUGAACAGUGCAGAAGGCUUCAUCUGCCUGAGCUACUAGUGGCCCCACUACACAGGCUGACUCGAUACCCCUUGUUGCUGAAGAAUAUCUGGAAAAGAAGUACAGACUCGACUGAGAAAGUCAUGAUCUACUCCAUCAAGGAAAAUGUAGAAAAAUCAAUCCGGGAUCUUGAAGGAAAAGUGAAGUGGCUUGACAAUUUCCAAACACUUAGACAUCUACAGGAGAUUAUAGUGUGGCCUCCGCUUUGGGAUAGAGAUAAAAGGUUUUUCAUUCCAGAGUGCUUGAAACACAUUUUUAAAGAACACAUGGCAGAAAACAUCUUGUCACCAACCAGCAGACACCUAAUCUAUGAGGGAAAAUUAAGUCUUGCAGAAAGCACAAGAUUCCUGGAUGUCUAUCUGUUUCUAUUUGAUGAUUUCCUCUUAGUCACAAAAACUAAGCGCAACAAGAAGAAAUCUGGGAACUCUGACGCUGGAUUAAUGUGUCCUUCACUUACUGCUGAGCUGCAAACAGUAAUAAAAGAGGGUGGUUCGUGUACAGUAGUCGAUCAACCCAUCCCACUAGAUAGAUUGGUAGUCAAAAAUAUCGAUCCCCUCCACGUGUCAGUCCUUGGGCUGAGAAAUGCUUUUCUUAUACAACAUGAAAACAGAUAUCGACAGUGUAUAGCAGCAUUCUUAUUACAAGCCCAAACGGAAAACAUCAAAAAAACAUGGAUGACACAAAUAACAGCAGCAAUCUCUUGCUUUAUGAAGAGUCUGGAAACCAAGAAAAUAUCUCUUUUCACAUUGCCUGCAGAAUCUUCUGAAAUUUAAGGAUCUAAAACACAUUUACAGACUUAAAACAAGCUGUCACAUACCUUUUUAGGUAUUAGGGCUUAAAGUACUCUCUCAUCCAAGCUUUUGCAACACUUACCUAGUGAUGAGCUAGAAGGAAAUGGGCAUUAGAAAGGAGUUCCAGAAUUUGAGAAUUUGAGUUAAGAAAAUCCUCAGUACACAGGAUUAAUGACCACAACAGAUUUGAGCUCUGGGGGAUUUCUUGGCAAGUAUAUACUCAUAUCCAGACUAGCUUAUAAUGUGUCAGUCAGGCUUCCAAGAGGUGUGAGUGAAGCAUGGCGUUAUUAUAAUUUGUAAAAGGGUGAAUGAUCUGAUAAAUGGGUGUUGGGAGGAAGACAAUGUCCACUGCUUGCUUGCUUCCAAUAUGAAUUCUAGCAUUUUUCUUUGUGUAUAUCCACAAAAUAAUGAAACCAAUUUUCCAAUAUGGCUUGGUAGUCAGUCUUAAUGCUUUAUAGUCCUACCUCAAACAUAAUAAUUCCUUUAACACAAAGCUUGAUUGCUCUUUUAAUAUUAUUACUGUUGUUAGCUGCUGUCCAGGAUCAGACCAUUGCGAUCCAUAGGGUUUUAAUUGACUGAUUUCAGAAGUAGAUCACCAGGCCUUUUCUCCUAGUCCAUCUUAAUCUGGAAGCUCUGCUGAAACCUGUUCAGAAACAUAGGUACACUUAAACCUCCACUGACAGAUGGUGGCUGCCCAUGAGGCACGUUGGCAAGGAAUUAAACCUGAGUCUCUUGCAUGGAAGGCAAGAAUUCUACCACUUAACCACCAAUGCCCCCUCCACCCCCUUUUAAUAUAGUAAGCAAUAAAUAAUUCCUAUACUUAAACAGCGGGUUUUUGUUUUUUUUUUUAAUUCCUGUUAUCCAAGAGUUCAUUUAUCUCAGGUAUAGUACUCUAACUUGGAAGCAAAAAAAGCCCAAAAAUGAAAUCUACUAUUUUAUUUAAGGAAAGAAACAAGCGUCUGUUCCAAUUUCACCAGCUAACACUUUUUACGUGGAAGAUUUUCCAAUAAGGUAUAUUUCUCUUAACCUCAUUUUUAGAUGAAGGAUGGCGUCUGCCGUAAAAAUACUUCCUGGUUUUGAGUGUUUUUGUGUGUGUGUCCGUGUACUUUAGCACAGUGUAGUUGCUUUUAAUCUUACUUGGCAGGAUUUGAAAAAAUCAUUAAAAUUUUUAUGAAGGCAGCUUGACUAAUAAUAUUAUCAGGGAGGGACAUACACUAUUAACUGCAUAUAAGCAAAUAACUAUUAGGGUCAGAUCCUAUAAAAUGGAAGUUCACAGCCUUCAGUUCUAGGCAGGGUAGGUACCUUUUGCAAUUUCCAAAACAGAAGUAGUGCAUUUAUCUGAUUUGGCUGCAAGACAAAUGAUAUCUUAACUGAUCUCUUUAAGUUGGAAAAUGGGAUAGAGGGGAUGAAGUUUGGGGGAGUCAUAAGCACAGUAAUUAUCUGAGGAAAACACAAAUUUCACCAUGCAAACAAGGCAGGGCUGUCAAGUGCGAUAGCAAGGCUCUUGUAAAAGGGGCAGCCAGCACUAUUAGAAUGGAGGGCCACAGCCACAGUCUCUUUAUAACAAUGGCAGACACUUAUUAGGAGUAAGGAAACUUUGGAAAGCAAUAACUAUUGUUAAUGGCUAAGAAUAAAUGAGGAAAAAAAGGUAAAGAAGUAGAACAGAUUUCAAGUGUGAACCUAGAAAUGGGAUCCGGAUGAGACUGAACCGAAAGAGGUUGUAUCCAGGGUCAGACAAUAUAGAUUUAUGCAAGAGAUCAUUUAAGAAAAAAUGUCAGGCUACAAAAAAUCUUUGGAAAGAUAAUAACAAUCAUCCAUCAGAGAUUUUUCGGUAUAAACUGAUCUCAGAGGAGAAGAAUGGAUUAGGCCUGGGUGAUCACUCAAGAUACCUUUAGUCCCAUGAGUACCUACAAAAAAAAAAAAAAAUCCAAACCCACUGCCGUCGGAGUCGAUUCCGACUCACAGCAACCCUAUAGAACAGAGUAGAACUGCGCCAUAGAGUUUCCAAGGAGCACCUGGCGGAAUCGAACUGCUGACCUCUUGGUUAGCAGCUGUAGCACUUAACCACCAUACCACCAGGGUUUCCUCCCAUGAGUACAGAAACCACAUAUUUAUCUGUAUAAAGGACUAGUUUCCUCCUUAAACCCCCUAAAAAGAAAAGACUAAAUUAACAAAGUAUGUAAAACAGCUUAUGAAUAUAUAUAAAUUGAAAUUCUAUAAAGCUCAUAGAAUAGCAUAUCUAAUAAAUUACAUAUUCAGUGUUUGAAGACAUACACAUUAUCCUCUUCAGAGGGAAGCAUAUGAGACUGAAAUGGGGGGGAGGAGAACACAGCAGAAAACAAAUGAUACACUGAGCCCUUAUAAAAUGAUCUUUAAAUGGGCACCUGGGUAUUAAACUUAGACAAUGAAAGAAGGCAUUAAUUUUUUUUUUAAUAUUUUAGUUUUGUUAAUUCUAUACAAUAAUGAAUGAAAAGAAAAGGUGAUGUCUCAAGCAAAAUGGCAUUCACAAUUUCCCCUGAAAUCAUCGACUUUUAAAAUGAUUACUAUUCUAAGUUGCACAGCAUGUUGAAUAUCGCCACUGUCUAUAUCCAAGUGCAAGGUUCCAAUAUUUUGUAAAUAAAUUAAUGCAAAAUGGCUAAUAUCUUGUUCUCUUUUUUAAAUAGACAAAAUAAUUUAUAAUCACAGACUACAUCUACUGGAAAGAAAUAUUUUUUAAUAUCAUCUUUAACAUAUAAAAAAAAGCAACAAUUCAAUAAGGAUCCUUCCAUUGUUCUUUGUACAGGUUUCAACACUGAGCCAUGUAAUUUAUCAGUGUAUUUACAAUCAAUAACCUUUCCAAUCACUGAGUUUAGAAAUUACAGUAUUGACUGAGCUAAACUCUCUCACAAAAUAAGGCACAACUACAUGAUCACAAGUAAUAAACACAAUACAAAUAAUGAAUCCAAAAACUAAAUGAGAAAAUAUUCAUGCAAAAGUAUUCACAGAAAUUAUGAAUGUAUGAUCCAGUUCAAGUAUAGAAUGUCAUAUACAUAACUGCAUCGUGUUACAAGAAAGUCAUUACUUCUACACAGAAAGAACUUCGCUAUUUCCAAUUCUAUUUUAUACAAUUAUACAUAAAUUCAGUACAUUUAUGCACAAUAUUCACAUCUGCAACAAUAACAAAUUGAUCAUUAAGAUUCAGGCAAAGGGCAAUUAAGACGCAAUAAUGUGUGGCACAUUAUAAUUACAGAAUACCAUUCAUCAAGUUCAUGUCUACGAAUACUAA